AUGUAUCGAAGAAAGCAUAGUUCGGAUUCCAAACCCUCAUGUUCGGAUCCACCAAAACCACCGGCGCAAAAACAAGGCCACAGUCACGAGCUCGACCACGAGCACGGACAUGACCAUGAUCACCAUCAUGGAUUAUUUCACACUCACGUACAUGAUCACUCGGACGGGGCAGAACAGAUUAUGCAGGCUAUUUCGAGAGGUAGAUUAGAUAGAGGAACAAAGAUAACGUUGCUGGGAUUGGGGAGUAACAUCGCUUUAACGGCAACUAAAGGUUUAGCUGGAAUAUGGAUGAACUCCGCCUCUUUACUGGCGGAAGCAGGACAUAGUCUGUCAGAUCUCUUAGGUGAUUUCGUUACUUUAGCUACAUGGCGUAUAUCGCGCCGUCCGGCGACAGACAACUAUCCCUGGGGAUACAGUAAAUUCGAGACGUUUGGAACACUGAGUGUUAGUGUCAUACUAGUAGGGGGAGCAAUAGGUAUAGGACUACACUCAUAUCAUUUACUUCUCCAAACACUCUUGCCCUAUCUCGAAACUUUCCCUCCUGGUACUACACUCAACUCCUUAGGUCACUGGUUGCCAUCUUCAGUACCUUCACCAUUACUAGAGCUUUUCCAUUCUCAUGGACCAUCGGCCCUUCCUCAUGAACACGGAGCGGCAGACGCUGCUCUUUCCCAUUCUCACUCUCAUUCGCAUGCUGCUGGCCACAUACACGGUACAGAGUCAGGAGCAAUCCUGAAUCCUCAUGCAGCAUGGUUCGCGCUCGGAAGUGUAGUGGUCAAGGAGUGGCUAUAUAGAGUGACCAGCAAGGUGGCAACAGAAGAGCAUAGCCCUGUGUUGAAAGCAAACGCCUUGCAUCACCGCGCAGACGCUUUGACGUCCCUCGUAGCUCUGACCUCGAUUUUGGGAUCAUCGAUAGGCGGAUAUCAUUUCUUAGAUCCACUGGGUGGAUUAGCAGUAUCAUUUUUCAUCCUUCAGCAAGGGUUGACUCUAUCGAAAACUGCUUUCUUGGAGCUUUUAGAUGCUGGAGUUGAUGCUGGCACGAAACAAAAUUACAUCAGUAUCGUGGAUGGUCUGGUUGACGGGAAAGAGUUGCUGGGAGUGAGGAAUGUCAGAGGGGUCAAAUCUGGUGGUCAAACCCUUCUCGAUCUCACAAUUUCUGUUCCGCCAAUGAUGACAGUCCACGAAUCUCACGCCGUAGAACAGAGAGUCCGGGAAGCAGUAAUGAAUGCCAGAAAAGAAGUUCGAGAGGUCAAAAUUCAUGUACACAGCCAGGAUGAUGCGGAAAUAUCGAUCAAGCAGGAUGUCAAAUUCGAAAAUGGUUCAGGUCCAAAAUCAGAUUUCGGUCGGGAUGGCUGUUGA